CGCGGCUACCUGGCGCGCCAGCGCCGCGACCGCCCCGGCGUGGGCGGCAGGCACGAGUGGGUGAGGGGUAUCGGCUGGGAUCAGAUGCUGCUUGGGGGGAUGCCGACUGCUGCAGGAUAUGCUGGAGGAGGAUGAGCUGUUGAGGGGCAAGUACUUCAUGCUGGACCGCGUCGAUGUGCACUGCACGUGGGUCUCCAAGGCCGUACUAGACCUGCUGCCGGCCGACCUGCCGGAGGAGGUCCCCGGCGGAGAGAUCGUGCGGACGCCCGGGAUGGGCGUGUUCUGCGACAACGCGAUGGACCUGGUCACCGCGCUGUGGCCGAGGCCUAGCGCUGAGAGGAAGAAGACAUUCGUUGCGUCGGCCAUGCGGGAGCUGCACAAGGUCGGGCUCGUAGGCGUGCAUGAUGCCGGCGUCCUGCCGCAGGACCUUGCGCUGUACGACGAGAUGAGCCGCUCCGACGACUGGACGCUCAGGGUGUACGCCAUGGUGGAGUGUCCGGAGCGAAACACGUUCUGUCCGGAAGAGGCCGUCAAGGUGGACCAUCCUGAUGGCAUGCUCUCGGUCCAGAGCGUCAAAUUGUUUGCUGAUGGGGCCCUUGGAAGCUGGGGCAGUGCCAUGAUCGAGCCCUACUCGGACCGGCCGGAGACCUCGGGCUCCUUGCUGGUCAACGCAUCCACCCUCACCUCGCUUGCUCGCUCGUGGUCGGCCGCCGGGUUCCAAGUCAACAUCCACGCGAUAGGCGACCUGGCCAACCGCUUGGCCGUCGACGCCUUGGAAGCCGCCCUGAAGGACCUGUGCCCGGGGCAGGACGACGACCUGUCGGCCUGCCAGUCCCGCCACCGCUUCCGCAUCGAGCACUCGCAGAUCAUCCACCCGGCCGACCAGGCCCGCAUGCACGCCAUCGGCAUCAUCCCCUCCAUCCAACCGACCCACGCCACCUCGGACAUGGCCUACGCCGCCCUCCGCCUCGGCGAGGAGCGGACGCGCACCGAGGCCUACCGCAUGCGCUCGCUGCUGGACAUCGGCCCCGUGCUAGGCAGCGACUUCCCCGUCGAGCCGCCGAACCCGUUCGAGGGCAUCUACGCCGCCGUGACGAGGAAGAACCCGCACACUGGGGCAGGGCCGCCGGGGUUCGAACAUGGCUGGCAUGUUGAAGAGGCGUUGACGCUGGAGCAGGCGUUGGAUGGCUUUACGCGCGGUGCUGCGAGGGGCGCCUUUCUGGAGGGGAAGGCCGGGGUUAUCCAGGAGGGAGCGUUUGCCGAUUGGGUCGUGCUGGAUGAGGAUAUUGCAGACAUCGGCGAAGAGGGGUUGAGAAAGCUAACGGUCAGGGAGACGUGGGUUGGCGGGAGGAGAGUGUAUCACAGGGAUGCUGAGCAGGACGAACAUGAGGGUGUUAGAGAAGAUCUGUAGGGAUAUAGACAGCGUGUUGAAUUCAGGGGUGGGCUUGGACAGCCAACGGAUCUACUUGUGAUGUCCCAAACUAUACGAGCACAAUCGGGACUUUUUCUAUUUGGCCUACACCACAGAUUGCAGUCUCCGGA